AUGGCAUACUUUUGGGUUUCUCUACUUGUGGUUUUACUAGUGCCCACAAUAAGUGCAGAUCCAGAUACAUUGCAGGAUUUCUGCGUAGCAGACACUUCCUCUUCCACAAUUUUUAUGAAUGGUCUGCCUUGUAUAAACUCCAGCGAAGCUUCUGUAGAGCACUUUACUACAUCCAUUUUGAGCACCCAAGGAAACACAACAGGCAAUCCAUUCGGUGUGAGUGUGACUUCUACAAGAGCAGGAGUUCUCCCUGGCAUAAACACACUGGGGAUAAUAAUGGCUCGUGUAGAUUUUGCAGUGGGAGCAGUGCUUCCUCCUCACACACACCCACGAGCCUCUGAAAUAAUCUUCGUUUUGGAAGGGAAACUCAGAGUUGGGUUUGUGGACACCACCAACAAGCUUUUCUCUGCAGAUAUCAAAACCGGAGAUGUUUUUGUGUUUCCCAAGGCCCUCAUACACUUUGUUGAAAACAUGGGAAACAGCCCUGCCUCUGUCAUAGCGGCUCUUAACAGUCAAGCUCCUGGUAACUCUGUCAUUCCCUUGGCCACUUUUGCUUCCAAUCCGGCAAUUCCCAGCAAUGUUUUGGCCAAGUCAUUCCAGAUUAAUGAUUUGGAGGUGCAGACAAUCAGAAAGAACCUUGGUGGUAGCUGA